ACCGCAGCCUCCUCCGACUACAACCGGCCGCCAGUCGCUGCUGGGUCUCCGGAGGCUCCUCCGCCCUACUAGCUGUGACAGCAGCCUUUCUGUUUUCCUUGACAGCGGGUUUCCCGUUCGGCUGGUUGUCCUUUCGAAGAGCGACAUGACUCUACAGCCCAAUAUUUAGCCUUUUAGUCCGUGUUUGAGUCCAUCUGAACUGAUCUACAACCAUGAGAAGCAGGAGCAACUCCGGCGUUAAACUGGACAACUAUGCCCGGAUAGUGCAGCAAACUAUCCUGAGGCACCAAGAUCCAGUAACAGGUCUUCUGCCAGGCAGCACUGAGAUGCCUGAUGCUUGGGUCAGAGACAAUGUUUACAGCAUCGUGUCAGUGUGGGCCCUCAGCCUGGCCUACAGGAAGAACGCCGACCGGGAUGAAGACAAGGCCAAGGCCUACGAACUGGAGCAGAGUGUGGUGAAGUGCAUGAGAGGAAUCCUACAGUGCACAAUGAGGCAGCUGGACAAAGUGGAAAAGUUUAAAUACAGCAGAAGUACCUCUGACUCCCUCCAUGCCAAAUACAACACCAGGACCUGUGCCCCCGUGGUGGGAGAUGACGAGUGGGGUCAUCUUCAGGUCGACGCUACGUCACUCUUCCUCCUCUUCCUCGCUCAGAUGACUGCCUCCGGUCUUCAUAUUGUCUACACCCAGGAUGAAGUAGAUGUUGUCCAGAAUCUCAUGUUCUACAUUGAGGCAGCUUAUAAAGUGGCUGAUUAUGGGAUGUGGGAAAGGGGAGACAAAACGAACCAGGGCAUCACUGAGAUUAAUGCCAGCUCCAUAGGCAUGGCCAAGGCAGCUUUAGAGGCUUUAGAUGAACUCAACCUGUUUGGAGCGAAAGGAGGACCUGGAUCUGUGGUCCACGCCUUGGCUGAUGACAUACAACACUGCCAGUCCAUCCUGACGUCCAUGUUACCCAGAGCCUCUAUGUCUAAAGAGGUGGACGCUGGAGUCCUCGCCAUCAUUUCUUACCCCGCCUUUGCUGUUGAGGACAUGAACAUCGUCAACCUGACCAAGGAGGAGAUCAUCUCUAAACUUCAGGGUCGAUACGGCUGCUGCAGGUUUCUCCGAGAUGGACAUAGAACACCUAAAGAGGAUCCAAACCGUCUGUAUUAUGAGUCUGCAGAGCUGAAGCUGUUUGAGAACAUUGAGUGCGAGUGGCCGCUGUUCUGGACCUACCUCAUACUGGACGGCAUUUUUAUCAACAGCCCAGAGCAGGUGCAGGAGUACCAGGAGGCUUUGGAGGCCAUUCUGAUCAAACAGAAAGAUGGGAUCCGCCUCGUCCCAGAGCUCUACAGUGUCCCUCCAGACAAGGUGGAGGAGGAAUACAUGAACCCUCACUCUGUGGAGAGGAUUCCUAUGGGUAAAUGUCCUAUAAAAUGGGGGCAGUCGCUUUACAUCCUGGGAAACCUUCUGGCUGAGGGUUUUCUUGCCCCAGGAGAAGUCGACCCCCUUAACCGACGUUUCUCCACCAUCCCCAAACCUGAUGUGGUCGUACAGGUGUCAAUUCUGGCAGAAACGGAGGAGAUUAAAGAGCUGCUGCUGAAGAACGGUAUCGAUGUAGAGACUGUGGCCGACAUCCAUCCCAUCCAUGUCCAGCCCGCCAGAGUCCUCAGCCACAUCUAUGCCAGACUUGGUCGAAAUCCAAGGCUGGGCCUGACAGGGCGACCAAACAGGAGAAUAGGAGUCUUAGGAACCUCCAAGUUCUACAUCAUUAGGAAUACCAUGUUCUCCUUUACACCUCAGUUCAUCGACCACCAGCAGUUCUACUUGGCACUGGACAACAAAAUGAUAGUGGAGAUGCUGAGGACUGAAAUCUCCUACCUCGCCUCGAGAUGGAGGAUGACUGGACGACCCACCGUGACGUUUCCCAUCUCACAGACAAUGCUAACUGAAGACCGCACAGACCUGGACCCUGCUGUUUUGGCUACUCUGAAGAAGCUACAAGAUGGAUAUUAUGGAGGAUCAAGGAUCCAGACGGGCAAGCUGUCGGAGUUCAUGACUACUUGCUGCUUUGCUCAUCUCAGCUUCCUCGAUGGUAAGGGUUCUGGCAGCAUGGGCCACCAUGAGGAAGAGUAUGGUGAUGAUCUUGAGGGUGACAGCGAAGGAUACGUGCAUGAGUUACGUUGUGACGAUGAAGCUGACGACCUCGCCCAGUACCUAGACCACCUGUUGGCCCACUCGGCUCCCAAAAAGCCCAAGCGGCAGGUGGGUGGGCUCGGGAAGUUCAAAGCUGCUGCCACCAAAGCAAAAGAGAUGGUGUCUCUGAUGAGCAAGGCUCAGGACCUCAAUGUACACAAUGUUAAUAUGUACCUGCCGAACAAGCUGUUUCGCUCACCACAGCCCUCUCUCAACCUGAAUAUCCCUGAGAGCCCUGCGCCACAUGACAGUCAGACUCCCCAAGUGACUGUAACGGUAGAGAGCGGUAUCCCCAGAGAUGCCAGUGGGGGCAUCGACUUCAACGCUUUGGUCCAGUUGCUCAAAGACACGCAAAACCUCCAGGACCAGGCAGACAUCCUCUACAUCCUCUUCAAAGACAAGGGUAUGGACUGGGACACUCAUCUGCAUGGUAAAGGCUCCACGGUACAGUCUCUGGUCAUCGACCUUUAUGAGAAAGCGGGGGAGCUCAAACUCUGGGGGCUCAUCAGGAUGACCUCUGGGAUGCUGAAGAAGAAGGUGGAGGAGCUCGACUCGGCCUGCUCUGAUUUGUUGGCACACCAGAAGCACUUGACGGUAGGUCUACCUCCUGAACCCAGAGAGAAAACCAUCACAGCUCCCAUACCUCCAGAUCAGUUGGCUGCUCUCAUCGACGAGGCCAGCGACAACAACAUCAGUAUCGCCAUCCUCACUCAGGAAAUCAUGGUGUACCUGGCGAUGAGCAUUAGGACUCAGCCCGGCCUGUUCAGUGAGAUGUUUAGGCUCCGCAUCGGCCUCAUCAUCCAGGUCAUGGCCACAGAACUGGCUCAGUCACUGAACUGCUCAGGUGAAGAGGCCACAGAGAGCUUGAUGAGUCUCAGUCCAUCUGAACUGAAAAACCUCCUCCAUCACAUCCUCAGCGGAAAGGAGUUUGGCGUGCAGCGCAGUGUGCGAGAGAUGGAUGCUGGUGUCAGUCCUGCCAUCUCUAUCCAUCACCUUGGCAACGUGGGCGCCACCAAGAGUGAGCGAGCCGGCAUCAGCAAACUGAAGAGUGACAUGAAGAUGCUGGAACACAGGUUGUCUUUGGCAGAUAUGAGUAAGGCGGAGCACAGGUUGUCACUGACGGAUCCAUUUAAGGAACCCAGGCUAUCUUUGACAGAUCCAGUUCUUGAGAUGGAUCGCAGGGUGUCUUUGACAGAAUCGGUUAAGCUUGAGCAGUGUGUGAUGUCUCCCCGUAAGAGCAUAAGAUCACACUCAAUGGACAUAGACAACAUCGAGUCUGGGAGGUACAGGCUGCCAUCCAUUGAGUCUCUGGACGUACCGGAGUGUGUCCCAGCUGCCAAAGACACCAGACAUGGACAAUGGCUGCGCAGGAGACGUCUGGAUGGAGCACUGAACCGAGUCCCCGUCGGUUUCUAUCAGAAAGUCUGGAAGAUCCUGCAGAAGUGUCAUGGUCUGUCCAUAGAGGGCUUCGUCCUUCCUUCUUCUACCACCAGAGAGAUGACGCCUGGGGAGAUCAAAUUCUCCGUCCACGUAGAGACGGUGCUGAACCGCGUCCCUCAGCCUGAGUAUCGACAGCUGCUGGUCGAGGCCAUCCUUGUGCUCACCAUGCUGGCAGACGUGGAGAUCGAAAGCAUCGGCUCCAUCAUCCACGUGGAAAAGAUCGUUCACCUUGCCAACAACAUGUUCUACAAGGAUCAGAGGGACCUGGGAGCAGAUGAGGUGGUCCUGGAGAAAGACCCGUCCACCGGCGUGUGCCGGCUUCUGUACGACAGCGCCCCGAGUGGACGCUUUGGGAGCAUGACCUACCUCACCAAGGCCGUGGCAGUGUACGUGCAGGACUUCCUGCCCAGCGGCUCGUGUGCUGUGCAGUGAAAGGAUGCCACGAGAAACCACAGGAAAGGAUGAAACCACUGUGUAAGACUAUGUAUAUGCACCAUUUUUCACAUGAAAGUUACAAUAAAAUAAUAGGAUCUGGUGUAUAUUAUCACUGUGUGGGAGACAGAAUUAGCUCAUUACAAGUGAAGAAACGCAUUAUGAAAGGCAUUAUAUGGUAACGAUGUUAUUUUAUGCCAUGGGUGUCAAAUAUAUGGCCUGCGAGCCAAAACCAGCCCAUCAAAGGGUCUAAUUAAGCUUGUGGGAUGAAUUUGGGAAAUGGAAAAAUUACACUGAAAAUAUUAACAAUUAUUUUAGUUCAGGUUCCACAUUAAACCCAAUUUGAUCCCAAGUGGGUUGGACAAGUAAAACAUUAUCAUGAUAUUCUAUAAAUAAUAACAACCACAAAUUUUUCUCUUUGUUUUAGUGU